AACCUUGAUUUUUGAAUGUGUAAAUGAAGAAAAUGAAAAGUACCUGUUUCUUAGGCUUCUUAAGAGGAACGCAUGUAUCAGCAAGUUAAAACACAAAGGUCCUCGGAGGAGCCUGAAACAAUGUUAACCAGAUUGAUGUUGCUAAAUCAUCGGUGAAAUGCCUCAUUUUACCCAAGUAAUAAUGAUAAUUUGUCAUAAAGCUAUUUAACACCCUGAGUGGUGGAAACAGAACCAGAUAAACUCCGUACCUGCUUUGUUUCCCUGUGGAAACAUUUAAAGCUGUGUACAAAAUUGUUUUCCCGGUAGAGAAUAGCCAGGAGGGAAACAACAUGCACCACACUUUUCUUUCUUUCUAGAUAAUUUUACUUCCUUCUUUUAAUUUCAGCAAAUAUUUAUAUCUGGGGUUAAAAGCUCAGGUUUUGAAACCGUGUGUGUGUGUGUGUGUGUGUGUGUGUGUGUGUAUCAAAGAAAGGAAACCUAAGCUCCAAGCUUAUCUAAUUCAUCAGAAGACUUGCUACCAGUAACAGGCCAGUUCUGGCUUUUGCUAGCUGAGCAAUCUUGGGCGAUUUUGCAUAACCUCUGCUUGCCUCUGUUGAUUUCUCUGUAAAUAGAAACUAAAGUUUUUAUCUGACUGGCCUGUGAGGAUCCACUGUGAAUGUCCAGUGUAAGAAGGCACAGGACAGUGCUUGGGCAAGUGAGGGCACAUCCGAGGAGACCAGGACCUGAGACAGGGCUCUGGAGACCAGUUGGGAUGUGGAAGCAGGAGGAAGCUGGGCUUGAGGACAGCCUGCCUGACAGGGCUAGUUACCUGGAGUAGCAUACCAAGCAUUAAGGAGGAAGGAGACACCUGCCUAAAGGAAAAGGAAGAAUCUCUGACAAAACUGACUUUCAAUGAGUAGAUCUUAAACAGAUCCUGUGUUUGAUCCCAGAUGGACAGACAGACAAACGCAUACACACACAACAGGCCAAAAAUUAGUCAUGUAAACUGUGCUAAACCAGAAGUAAAACCGAACACUGCUCACCUUCUGAAAAUGUUGCAAAAUCCUAAAGCAUACUUUCAAUAUGCAUGGGUGUCUACCUUACACAUAUAAUGAUAGAAUAUAUAUACCCGUAUGUUAUCUUCUAUGUAUGAUUAAUAUUAUUAACAUGCAAUCUGUUACAUAAUAUAAUGUGGGUGCACGUGUCUUGUCUAGCAUGGGUCAGACCCUGCAUUGGGUCCCUACUACUCCCCAAAAAGUAAAAAUAAAUAGAAAUAGUUGAGUCGAGCUAUCAGUGUAAGCAUUUGUUUCAAGAAUAGCGGAGACAGCCAUUUCUGAAAAAUAAAAAUGACCCGAGCCAGCUUUUGGGAUGGAGUUUAUGUCCACCCAGCCAUAUAUUUCCAUGCAGAAGUAAAGUUCAGAACACCAAGAGCAGGCUGUCAUCUUUCCAAGCCACAACUAAUAUUUACCUUGAGGAAGACUGUCCAAAGGUCAGGAGGGAAAUGUCUUAGGAAUUGUCAGUUUGGUGAGAGGGUAAAGAAUCCUGGAGAAUCUGGAAAAGCUAUUGUUAUUCCUCCCUUCCCCCCACUAAAGAACUUUACACACCUGAAUGCCUGCAGCUGAGAACUCCGGGGUAGAGAAAGGGCUGGUUUAAAAUGUGGCAGCGUCAUCAACUCUUAAGAAAUCGCUAGUAAUUUACUAGGCUGCCCUUCCCUCUAGGCCUAAAGCAGGCAGUUGCAGAUCUGGCCUGGAACUCCUGCUGGAUCUAACCCCAGGGCCAAAUCCCGGGCCCUCCCUCUCAGCCUGGUGGCUUUAUUGCCUAACUCUGAGUUAUCUGCAUACAAAUAGUAUUGAUAAGGUGAUGGGUGGUCCUUUGUCUUCCUCCUCCUGGGUCUAGGGAAGAGAAGCCAUUUACAAUCUGGCUGAGGCGAAAGACAGAACUUUCUGGGGUAAAAUAGGGACUGCUCCCAAGGCCUGAGAGUGAUUGAAACCAAGGUGGAAGAGGGCUGGAGAACAGACGAGAGAGCCUUGAGAAAGAGCAACUUUGAGGGAGUCUCCUGGGAGAGAAGAGAGGUACGCAAAGGCUCCAGGGGAGGACAGGGCCGGUGACACCCGACUCAGGAGGGCGUUACAGAAGUACGGUCAACAGCAGCUGGGAAGGACGAGAAUCGGCCUUUGAAAGGAAGCCAAGAAGCCAGUGGUGAUUUACUGACAAACGUCUUCGGUUUUGAUGCGAUUGGGAGCCAAAUUAAAGUCAGAGGAGUGAGUGGGAGGGAGAGGACCGGACACAGGCUGUGCAAACAGCGCUUUAAAAACGUGGCUUUGAAGGCCAGGCGCUAGGACAGGCCUGGAGGUGGAGCCAGCGAAGUUACCUUUCCUUUUCAGAGCAGUGAGAAAUUAGAAGGGUGGGGGCUAGCCUUAGGACUAGUGACUAGCAUGCAGAGCGCGGGGUCAGCCCACGGGGAGGUAGCUUGAGAUGUAGGAGGCUCCCGGCGCGACUUGGCUGCUGACCUAACCCAGGAGCAGUUCCCAGACCCAGCUUGUGCAAAAGAGGGAGCUAAGAGGCACACCGCAGGCACCAUGGUCCGCCUGUUGGCCUCCGAAGUCCAGCAGCUACUCCACAACAAGUUUGUGGUCGUCCUUGGGGACUCAGUGCAUAGGGCGGUGUACAAGGACCUGGUGCUCCUGCUGCAGAAGGAUUGCCUGCUCACUAACAAGCAGCUCAGAACCAAGGGGGAGCUGAGCUUUGAAAAGGACCAGCUGAAGAUGGGAGGCGAGCUGGAUACCCUGCACAACCGCACAGACUACCGCGAGGUGCGCGAGUUCUGCUCGGACCACCAUCUGGUGCGCUUCUACUUCCUCACGCGGGUUUACUCUGAGUACAUGGAGAGCGUCCUAGAGGAACUGCAGACUGGCAAUCACGCCCCAGAUGUGAUCAUUAUGAACUCUUGCCUCUGGGACGUCUCCAGGUAUGGGCGGAAUUCCUUGAGUAGCUACAAGCAGAACCUGGAGAACUUGUUUGGGCGCAUGGACCAGGUGCUGCCCAAGUCGUGCCUGCUAGUGUGGAACACUGCUAUGCCUUUGGGUGACAAGAUCAAGGCGGCCUUCCUCCCACAGAAGUGUAAGGGCCAGUACCCCCGGAUCUCGGUAGCCACCCUGAAAAGGAAAGUGACCCAAGCCAAUUUCUACAGCCAUGCGGAAGCAACAAAGCACUAUUUUGAUGUGCUGGACUUAAAUUUCCACUUCCGUCAAGCCAGAAAGCACCUACAGGGAGACGGCGUGCACUGGAAUGAGCAUGCGCACCGCAAGCUCUCCUACCUGCUGCUGGCCCACAUGGCCGACGCAUGGGGUGUGGAGUUACCCCACCGAGAUCCAUGGGAGCCUGGUUUUGAGGCAUGGGAAAGUUCAGGACAGGUAGAGGAAAGGCAGCCCCAAGACAACAUAGGUCCUCAGGUGUUUGCCCAGUCUCCACCUUGUCCUUUUCCCAGGCCACCUCCCCUACUCCCGUCCCCUGGUUUGCCCGUAAGGCCCCCGCCCCUACUAGGCUGUCCCCUACCCCCACCCCCACCCCCGCCCCAGCCGAUGCCCCCAUUUCCACUCUAUCCUCCAGUUUCCUAUUUUUCGUCAGACCCUGUUUUCCAGUCAGAUGAAUUCUAUAUCCAUUCAGAUAGCCCCUCACCUACUCACACUGGAUAUGCCUUCGAAGGCGACUUUAGCUUUUAUCCCCAGCCACCUGUGCCCAACUUCCGCCCACCCUGCCAUCAGCGUCAGGCCCCUGUAGUACAUAGGGGCUUCCCAAGGCAUUUUGCUCGUGGUCCCUAUAUGCCUUGGAGAGAGAGGCCCAGGAGACCACAAAAACAUGCCCCGGCCUGCCUAGAGUCAAGGCCCCAGUAGUCUUUUGACUAAAAGCCUUACCUCUGGAUGGGGCCGCGUGAUUGUCUUGGUUUUUUUUGUUUUGUUUUGUUUUGUUUUUUUGGUCUCAUUGUUGGUCUAAUACAGUGACCUUGCUAACCUAAACCCAGCUAGUCCUGUCCUGGACUUCUCUUUGUUUAUUGCUGUUAGAAACAGAAGAAACAGAGACAGGGAAGAGCAGACUGGCCCACUCCUGCUGCCUGAGGCCAUCUCUUCCCUCUGAGUGACCAAGCAAGCAUUCUUACUACCUCCCCCUCGCUAUUCUUGUUGCCUUUUUGUAAAAAUAAAAUUGAAAUACAGAAAUUGUUUCCAAA